UAUGUAGUUGUUGUAGACAAAUUACACAUCGUGGAUUUGUGUGAUUUAUUGCCUUAAUGUACUAAAGUUGUAAAUAAUAAUGGCUAAAAAGAAGAUCGCAAAGAAAACUAUCGUAAAGAAGUCAUCAGCACAGCCGUUAUCUUUAGCUGAUACGAUAAACACAGAAGUUAUAGCCGCUGCUUUGAGUUCUGCUAAUGUACCAGUUCUUCUCAAAGUUUGUAGACUGUGCGAAGCAAAAGAUGGCCCAUUCUUGAAUAUUUUUGAUGCAGAUAAGGUGACGGCUAAAAAAAUUGAGGCUGUCAUGCCUUUUGGGAUUGCGGAAAAUGAUGAUUUGCCCCAUAAAAUAUGCUUUCGAUGCUCUGCAAAACUGGAAGAGCUUUAUGAAUUUAUACAAAAAUGUAUUAAGACGCAAGAAAAUCUUCGUAAAUUGCUGGGUAACAGAGGAACCGGUGUAAAGACUAAGCAUAGAGAGCUAUGGGAGGAAAAGCUUAACCAGUCCAACAUAUCAAACGAUGAUAUCUGCGAUGCACUUAUUAAAAAGGCUAUGGAAGGCAUUAAAGGCAUUAAUGAAAUACCUGUAAAUACACUGCCAUUGGUUGAAGAUAAAGUUUCAGUUGUAAAAAGGGCAACCACGAAAAUAGCUAUAAAGAAGAAAGAUGACGUAAAGGCAGAGAAGGAAGAAAAGAAAGAAGAAGAUAUUAAUAGUAAAAAUAAAAAAAAUGAUGAUGAACCUAUUAUAUCAUUAAAAAAUGCUAAAAGGAAACCUGAGGGCGAAGAUGAACUUCCCGUGAAAAGGUUCACGAGGUUAAGUAACGAAAAGAAGGUUGAUGCAGUCGAAAACAAACCCUCCAAAUUAGUGGAUAAAAAGGAGUCAUUAAAACCUACCAAAAAAGCUAAAUGUGAACCUAAAGCUAUUGAAGAACCUGAAGCUAAGGAAAAAGGUUUAAAAAUUAGGAAGUCAUUGCAAAAUAAUAACUUUUCUUUAGAAGAUACAGCUAAAAGUGAACCACCUAAACCGAAACCGGAACCAGAACCAGCAACAAAACCAUUUGACAUAAUGGAACAUGUGAGUAUGAUUAAAGUAAAUGGUGUGGGUGUACUGUUCCAGUGUAAGUUUUGUAAUAGAAAUUUCUUAAAAAAAGAGGUAGUCAUGACUCAUGCUUGUGCUAAACAAGGUGCUGCAAAAGUUCAAGGACCAAAAAGUUAUGUUCCACCCGAGCCGCCCAAAGUACCGCAGACUGUUAAAUACAUAACUAUGAAUGUUAAUAAGGAAAUUAGUAAGCCUGGAAUUUCAGGUGAUAAGAGUAGGCCUAUAGAAAACAAAGCACCCGUAGCUUUAAGUGAACCUAUAAAUUUAGAUGAUGAUGAUGAUAAGCCUUUAACAGUAAAAAAGCCAAUAAAGCCUAGAAUUGGUCCUGCCAGUAAAGUUAGGCGUAAUGAGACUAACACAGCGCCAGUAGGUGAACCGUCAGUGCAAGGUAAUUCAAACCAAAAUUCGGCAGCUGCACCAGCAGGUUCUGUGACGGUUGUGCCGAAUAUUACUGCAACUAUAACUUCGGCCAGUCAAGUACCUUCCGUACAGUUUCCGAGCAUACCAAGUCUCAAUAGCCGUUAUAAACUUAUGCCUGGACCCAAUAAUACCUUUACGUUAGUUGAAGAUAAAGCUGCCGAUAAUGCUGUCAAAGCUGUGGAAGCCCCUGUUAACACAGUACCUUUUUCUCUACUAAACUCUGAUAAGACUGAUGCUAGAACUCAUAAUUCAAGUGUAACACCAAUAGAAAAUCCAGUACCAAUUCCUAAAAAUCCGCCUAUACAAACUGCAUUCUCAGUUACCAGGCCUUACCCCGUAGGGCUAAUAAAGUCUAUAACGGCAACCGGUUCAAGGCCACCGUCAGACCCCGAGCCUCCGUUAUCAUUUACUACACCAGCUAUGAAGAAGCAAUCUUACACAGUAGUCCAAACUGGAAAUCCUAGUAAAUUACUCAUUUCAACGAAACCGCAACCCCCCCCGCCAGUAGAGGAGCCACCUAAAAAACGCUCGCGGAAAUCACGACAUUCAGUUAAGGAAGACGAUGCUAACAAGCAGCCCUUUUCUGUUACUAUGGAAGAUACCACUCCGACGACUGAUCCCGGAUUUUUUACAUUCAUAAAUGUUGACCCUCUAUUGCAACCUUCCUAUGUACUACCGACUGAUAAUAUUAUUCAAGAAUCACAAAUAUCUACCUCCACAAAUGUCUCCAAACAGCCAGACGCCAAAGACAACAAAUACACAUGUAAUAUGUGUAAUGAAAAGUUUAGUAGAGAGAAAAAGUUAUUGGCACACAUACAUUCACAUUAUAGCAAAAUGGAUGAAGAAGAUUUAUUGAGGGCAGGAAAGAAAACUAAGAGGGGUAAAAAAUGAAUCUCUCAAAUUAGUUGCUAGGAAGUGUUCACACGUUUUGAAUAGUUUCACAUUUGAGUAAAUGUGAGGUCUCACCAUGUGCAUGGUUUAUAUUGCGGCCAUGGGUCGCCACAAUGUCAAACUCUAUGGUCAACCACCACUCCAUAGAUAAUAAAAUAUUGUCUUUUCCCAUUUCAAAUGGGAGUUGUCGGCAGAUUAUGAGCGCCGUUAUUAGAUUGUCAUCUUAUCGUGAUAGCAGCGUGGUUCUUGUAUAGUUCUACUCUGCAGUAGUCUAGACGUCGAGGAGUCAUUUUCGCAUGUCUUCGAAAGUAAUAUUUACCUAAUUUCACUCGUUUUGGAUUCGAAAAUCCUGUACAUCUGAUUUUUAUUUUACUUAGGUUUUACCAAAACCCCGAACUGGAGGAUUAAAGGGCAAAUUUGAGCUUUGAUAGAAUAUGUAUAAGAUCCAUUUUACUGUGAUGUUUAAGUAUUUCGAUACUCGAAAACGAAUCCUCGAUUGUGCUAAGGCUAAAAGUAGGCAUGCGGGAAACGUUAAGGAAAGUCAGAGAAGUUGGAUAUCCAAAAACUUGAUGCUUUUAUGAUGUAAUUUGAUUCAACUGGCGACGUAAAGCUAGAUAUCACCUGGGGAAAAUAAUUAGUAACUGCACUCACCUGGUGAAUAAAAUUACAUAUAAAAUUACGCCCACUGCUUAGCACAUUCUUUUAUCAUAGGAGGAAAGAUAUAGAGCUUCGUCCAACCGCACUGUUCCAACAAGGGGUGUUAACGUUCUUUUUAUAAACUCAUAUAUACAGUGUCCGAAAGCCACUAUUUUAUUAAUUAAAAAAAAUAUUACAACUAUUAUUAGUAAAGAAAGAUUUUAAGUUAAAGAUAUAUUUAAUUAGAUUAGGUUUAUGUAUUUUUAUUUAAUAUUUUCUUCAACUGUCGCUUGUAACUGUCAUCGGGCGCUGUAAUAUCAAUAUUAGUUACGGGUUUCUAGUUAUGUACAAAUUCUGGCAUUUAAUCGCCGGUUAACACUUACAUUUCCACCACAUUAUAAUCACACAAUCACACAUUCAUUUAUUUAUCAUUAUUCAUUAUACAAUAUACAAAUGAAAGUUUAAAUACUGUCUCCCAAAAUCCAAAAAAAAUAAACACACACUUAUGUCAAAUUGAAGUGUAAAAUUUGACAUACUCGCAAGAGUUUCUCUGAAACUAAUAUUGUGGUUUUAAAUUAUUCUUCAAUUAAAUUAAAUUCAAUUCAUAAACUGUAUUGCGAACUUGGUUCAUUCUACUAAGACUGAGCAAUGACAUUAAUAACGAUGUGUUUUUUUUUUCAAUAUUAUUAUACUUCCUUGGACACUCGUAUAGCAGAGUCACAAGUAUUAUGCCAAAAUAGCGUCAAUCAAUUCGAGUCAAGAACAAAGUGCCAUUAGCCUGCCCAAUGGUAUUAUUGUCCAGUGAUGUGUAUAUUUUGUACACAAUCUCGUAACUAAAUUAUUAUAAACAGGGUAGCCCUGCCAUUUAGAUUUGUGUAGGUACGAUCAGUGGCGUGCCUAGGGUUUUGAGUUUGAGCAAGCCCAGUUACCUAAAGGACAAAUUUAACUCGUCAUGAUCUCUAAGUCACCAUUCUUGUUGUGCUAAAUGACAGACAAUAUCAACAAAUCUUUGAAAAAUACUAGGUACCAUUAAGUCAGCAUGCGAAUUAUGAUAAAGAAGUUUCUAUGCAAUGUUUGCCAAAAUUAAAAAGUAAUCAUAGA